AUGUCUGAAUAUCUCGAGACGGGCACUUCGCCCACAAUCCUCAGUACGCAAACUGUUACCCCCUUGGAGGGCCAGAAGCUGACUAUUUGGUAUCUCAAAGAGUACUAUAACUCGCAGGCGAUUGGUCUGUUAGGUUUGGUGACCUGGGAGCUCAUUGUCACGACCCCAUUCGAGUGGAGAUUCAUAAAGGAGAAAAAGGCGCCGCAUUGGUCUCUUCCUUUUUACACGGGCAGCAGACUUUCGUUGUUGCUCUACUUGGUCACAAUCGUCACAAAUGGCUUUGGACGCCAAGUUAUGCCCUGCAACGUCCAGGCAUGGAUCAUGCAUGUCACCACCUCGCUCGCCAUUUGGCUCCCCGGAGCUUUACUCUGUCUACGAAUACUGAAACUGUGGAUUAGAAUUGAGCGGAUACUCGGGUUUCUGGGGGUCCUCCUCUCCGGUCUGAUGCUCAUCAAUUGCCUCACCUGGCAGACUCCAGACAUGACAUGGGACAGCUCUCUAACACGGUGUAUCAUCCGGACAGGAACCCACAAGGCGAUCACCCUGGCGCAAUAUCUAUACACGUUUGCAUUCUACCUCACUCUUAGCAUUAUAUUCGCCAAAAAGCACCUCCCUCGCAGGACCCUAGCAGACGUCUACAAGCUCGUCGUGGAAGAUGGACUGGGCAUAUACAUACUCGUCACCAUCGUCUUUCUCGGUCAAGCCAUCAUUACCUGCAUAUGGGUCAACGACCUAGUGAUCAUCCUAUUCGUUCCAAUCGCCCUCACAGUCACACUCAUCGCCGUGACGCGGUCCUACGUACACGAGGCACAACUUGAGCAAGCCAAGCUCGCUCAGUCACGACGACUACCAGGACACCGAGUAAGCGUCUUCAACAACCCGACAAGCCGUCCCGUCAGCCGUCCACCUUCAUCGUGGCGUAAAUCAAAGCUACCACCAGCCGCGACACCGUCGGAAUCCAGCAUCGCCUAG